CUUUAAACAAAAGAUCAAGAGCAGCAAAAGAAGAUAUGUCUGGUAAUAAGAGGAUUGAGAUAGACUCUGAAGAUCCUUAUGACAGCAAAAACACAUUUAAUAAAAGACAGUCCUCUGAUGAGAAUAGCAAAUCUUACUCUAGUAGUAAGAGAAUUCCUACUGAUGAUAAAGGAAGACAACCUCAAGGAGCUGACUCAGUAAGUAAGAAAAGGAAACUAAAUGAAGAUCACUCAAGGUUUAAAAUGACUGUCACUACAGAAACACAAAGCUAUGAUACAAGUGAAGAUAUUUCUGCAAAUAAGAGACAGAAAUUAACUGAUACUGAAAUGACUGACUAUGAACCAGUUGGGUGUACAUCUAAUAAUGAAAUACAGCUUCAAGACUGUCUCAAUGUUACUCUGAGUAUUGGUGAUUUGGAUGCUGUGUUUGAAUUGUUAUCAAAUUCAUUUAAUCGAUGGAAGGCAUUAGGACUAAAACUGGGUAUCAAUUACAUCACACUAGAUAAUAUUAAAAGUGAGGAAAACAAGGUACAAGAUUGUCUAAUGGAGAUGCUAGCUGCUUGGUUGAGAAAACAAGAUAAAGUAGUCAAUCCUACUUGGAAGCAACUGAUAGAUUCAUUGAGAAAAAUAGGAGAAAAUGCUCUUGCUGAGGAAAUAGAAACAAAAAUUACAAACCAAUAAAUAAUUUAUUAUGUCAUACUAUUUAUAAAUGUAAGCUACAUUAAUAACCAGCACACAAGAGUCAUCAUUAUUUUUACCCCUUUUAUAUGCAUUAUUUGAUCACUUGUUUUUUUGCUACACAAUCACUUAUCAUUACACUUUUGUCACUUAACAUUAAUUUUUUGUUUAUAAAUCAUAAAACCAUACAAUUUUGAUAUUUAAAAUAUUAAAUAGAAAUUAUUAUAAUUAUAAUAGUCAUUUCACAAAUCAUUUCUUGAAGGAGGAACAAU